UGGAAGAGCCCCUUCUAGACGCGGCUCAGGCAGCCACAUCCCGGGCGCGCGGGCGCGGAGCUGCAGCCAUGGCUGUGGCCGCUGAGGGCGCCCGCAGGAGGGAGCGCGUCCUCUGCCUGUUUGACGUGGACGGGACCCUCACGCCCGCUCGCCAGAAAAUUGACCCUGAGGUGGCUGCCUUCCUGCAGAAGCUCCGAAGCCGGGUGCAGAUCGGCGUGGUGGGCGGCUCGGACUACUCCAAGAUUGCCGAGCAGCUGGGAGAGGGGGAUGAAGUCAUUGAGAAGUUUGAUUACGUGUUUGCCGAGAACGGGACGGUGCAGUACAAGCAUGGACGGCUGCUCUCCAAGCAGACCAUCCAGAACCACCUCGGGGAGGAGCUGCUGCAGGACCUGAUCAACUUCUGCCUCCGCUACAUGGCGCUGCUCAAACUGCCCAAGAAGCGGGGAACCUUCAUCGAGUUCCGGAACGGCAUGCUGAACAUCUCGCCCAUCGGCCGCAGCUGCAGCCUGGAGGAGCGGAUCGAGUUCUCUGAGCUGGACAAGAAGGAGAGGAUCCGGGAGAAGUUCGUGGAAGCGCUGAAGACGGAGUUCGCCGGCAAAGGGCUGCGGUUCUCCCGGGGCGGCAUGAUCAGCUUCGACGUGUUCCCCGAGGGCUGGGACAAGCGCUACUGUCUGGACAGCCUGGACCCGGACAGCUUCGACACCAUCCACUUCUUCGGGAACGAGACCAGCCCGGGCGGGAACGACUUUGAGAUCUACGCCGACCCCCGGACGGUGGGCCACAGCGUGGUGUCCCCUCAGGACACCGUGCAGCGAUGCCGCGAGAUCUUCUUCCCAGAGACGGCCCACGAGGCGUGACCCCACUUCCCGAGACCGCCCGGCCGCAGGGCCCGGCCUGCGCUCGCCUCGCCCGCCUCGCCUGCUGGAGGCCGGGCCUGUGCGGGGACCGCCCCCCACAGCCCGCUCCGUCCUCACCCCGACAGCCCUGGCUCCACUGCUGCUUGUACCUCCGAACGGAACGGGUUUUGUCCACACUGGAGGCCGGAGGCGGCGUGUCUGCGGGACGGCCGCCUGCCUGCCUGCCGGGCCCGCCGGGGUGCAGGGUGCGGAGGGAGGGGAGGACGUGCACUU